CUCAGCAGCAGCAGGGGCAGCCGCUGGAGUGGGUGCGGGUGUUUGUGCAGGAGUACCGCCGAGGGGGUCAGGGAGGCGGAGGAGGAGGUGGAGGAGGCGAGGCGGAGUACACUCGCAACUUCGUGGUUAGCACUUACAAGGUGGUGUGGCGACGCUUCCAAAAGCUGCCUGCCACCCAGCGCCACUUUUACGAGAUCAUCCGCUCCGACCGGCCCUGCCACAUGUACUUUGACUUGGAGUACAGCCGGGGAGCGAACCCGGGGGUGGAUGGGGACGGCAUGGUAUACGAGGUGGUGCGGCUGCUGGGGCGGCUGAUGAGUGAGACCUGGC